AUGCCCGCUCCCGGUGGACCACCUCCCAGGGAUGCGUAUCUGUUUGUCCCCCCCACCUACGCCCCCGGCAAGCCCUCCCCCCUGCUGGUCUUGCUGCAUGGCGCCGGCAAGGGCGCGGCCGACGCGCUGGCCACCCUGGGGCCGCAGGGCCUGGAGCUGCUGAAGAGCCGCGCCUGCCUGCUGCUGGUGCCUGAGAGCAGGGGCGCGACCUGGGACGUCAUCACAACGUCAAGCUUCAAACAGGACCUGCCCUUCAUCGCCAGCGCGCUGCAGCAGGUGCUCCGCAGCUACUCGGUAGAUACCCGCCGCCUCGGCCUCGAGGGCUUCUCUGACGGCGCCACAUACGCGCUGUCGAUCGGCCUGGGGGGCCCCGGGCUGUUCAGCCACGUCAUUGUGCUGUCGCCCGGCGGCUUUGUGCCGCCCGCGGGCCGGGUCAAGAGCGCCCCGGGCGUGUUCCUGGCCCACGGCACGCGGGACACCCUCUUCCCCAUAGACCAGACCAGCAGGCGCAUUGCGUCAGAGCUCGGGCAGCUGCUGCCCGGCAGGCCAGUGAAAUACGUCCAGUUCAGUGGCGGCCACGAGGUGGACCCAUCAGUGCAGCAGCAGGCGCUGGAGUGGUUCCUGGCGCCCUCCGCGCCCUGA